AUGCCGAAGACUUUCCAGGAUCUGAUUGCCGAACUGGGGACGUUACAGACAAAGCUAUUGGAGGCGCACAUGCGGGAACUACAAGCCCAUUCCGUGACGUUGGAGCCUUCGGCCCCUGCAAGCUGCCCUCCGCAGAUGGAGGUGCGGGUUGAGCCGCGAAGCUCCGGCCCGGGUGCUCCGGAGAAGAGGCUCAAAGGCCGCUUGGCGCCCGUGGUGCACAAGUUUCUGCUCGCGCGGCGUCUGGGUCACACGAGCGAACGUCGGCUUUCCGAAGAGAGGGAGUCGGCGUUGAUGGAGCGACGUCAGAGCAUCUCAGCAACGGACCGGGUAGCCUUGGCCAUGAGCAGCUCGUCCUUGCGUUUCAUCCCUAGCAGUGUAGGAGAUGCGGCUGCUUUCGAAGAGGCGGUCCGAAAGGAGGCCACAGUGGAGGUGGACCGCUUCCAGCUGCGAGCGAGCUUUGAUAUCGGUGACGAAGAGCUCGUGGACAUGAAGCGGAGGUGCAUUACAAAGCAGAGCUCAGAGCUCGUAGCUGGGUACAAUGUGAAACACGUCGCUUCGGCAGCCUCCGAGCAGGGACCAACACCUGCAGAGGUGCAGGAGGAGCGCAUGUUGAAUUCCUGGCAGCUGUUUCCGAUCCACCCGUCUUCCAAGAGGCGUCUCGUUUGGGAUCUACUGGCAAUGGUAUUGCUCCUCUUCGACAUGAUGACUUGCACCGUCUACUGGACGGUUGACAUCCCGGUGUCCAUGCUGACUGCAACGUACCGGAACGGGAAGCUGGUGACGAGUUACUAUCUUAUUUUGUACUCGUAUUCGAGGACAUGGAUGCCAAUCGACUUCUUGCUUGUGAGCGUGGAUUGGGUUGCGACAGUUGCAAACAUGAACUCUGCUGACACGCUUACGUUGGCCAGAACAAUGAGGACUGGACGAAUUCUUCGGAUGUUGCGCCUGGCCCGUUUGCUUCGUGUUGUCAAGCUGAAGCGCCUCUUCGAUGACUUAAAGCAGCGGAUGGCAGGAGAAAUCGUCACUUUCAUGAUCAAUGUCGUCCAGCUUUUCGUUUCGACGAUGCUGCUGACCCAUGUCCUCGCAUGUGUUUGGUAUUGGCUUGGUAGCGAGGAAGAAGGAUGGGUCUACACUGAAGGAUUGUACGGCCAGGAUCUAGGAACCACCUAUCUCCAGAGCAUGCAGUGGUCACUGUCGAGGUUACACCCCAUUUCGCUUCGAGACAACAUGAAGCUGCGGCUGCCGCAAGAGCGAAUGUUUUCGCUCGUCGCCAGCUUCGGAUCACUCCUGUUCUCUUCGAUUUUCAUCAGUUAUGUAACAAACACGAUGGCCAAGUUGGCGCGCAUGUGGAAAGAACGGAGCAGAAAGCUGGGAGCCAUCAGCGACUAUGCAGCCACACACCGCAUCAAUGCGGCCCUUACUGUCCGGCUGAAGAAGUACAUUGAUGAACGAGAAGAGGAGCUGGGCAUCGGGGCCAAUGCAGUAGAUCAGGGCUCUGCAGUUUGGGUCUUCGCGGUUAACAGUGCUCUGACCUGGCUCCGGAUCAACUCUGGCAGCGGAUACAUCCCUUUGACAGGCUUGUUUUCUCGAUUUGGAGCGGGUGAAGUGGAAGGCCAGCCUUCAGGCACAGAGAGUGUGAAAGGCAGUGCGCGCGGCGGCGCGCCGCAGCGUGCAGAGCGGGGGGCGGUCGCGCGGCCCCUGCAGGUCUUGGAGGCGGCGUUGCCGGAGGAGCUGCUCCGAGUGCUGUAUCAUACGGCGAGGACGCCGACGCUGGUUCAGCACGACCUGUUCUCGAAGAUAAAGAUCUCUUCGAGCCAUGCAAUGGAAGACCUCUGCUAUGAGGCCGUGCACGAGCAGCACAUUCUGGCUGGCGAUGCAAUCUUCGAAGUCGGUGCCGUCGCUUCCAGCAUGUACAUGUGUGAGUCUGGGAAGCUGCGAUACUCCAUGGACGUGGAGAUUGCUGGAGGGAGAGACUCGAUCCACAAAGAGACGGUCAGAGAGCGCCUCUGCUGUUGCCGGUCGAGCUGGAACCGGAACCAGGUGACGCCCCACGACGGCUUGAACAAGAAUCGAGAUUCGUCGCUGGAACUGUCGUCGGGGUCGUGGAUCAGCGAGCAUGCCCUUUGGACUUCGUGGCAACACACCGGUCGCCUCUCUGGGACAACAGACUCGCAGAUUCUGGCAAUCAAGAGCGAGGACUUUGGCCGUGUGGUGCAACAGGAUUUGCCGACAUUCUGCGAUGUGGUUAUCUAUGCACGGUAUUUCAUACACGAGAUGAAUCAGACGGUGAUCAACACAGACCUUCCUCCUGAUCAGAUGCCCAAGCGCAGCAGGUCGAGGGAUGGUGGUGCGGCCGCCAACUCCACCGCCCUUCAUGACAGUGCUGCCUUCCAUGACCUGCUAGCAACUCCAGUUGCGGGCUCCUGA